AUGGAUUACAUGGGAUAUACCAAGACCGCCACCUAUAUGGGAGGUCCUCGCCAAAGUAGCAACAUUCUACCAUCCAUCAUGCAGUCAUCUUACAAACCUUUUGAUACCUACCCUGCACCAUCUCCUCUCAGAAGAUCGUUAACCACCGCCCCAUGGAGACCAAGCACUUAUUACCAAUCUGGACAAACUAGUCCUGCUCAUGCCUUGUCUCGAAGCUUACAAGGUGUGAAUGUUCCACCAGUGUUUGCUGCUUCACGAAACGCUCUGUACACCAGAUACACACCCAAUGAUUGGUCCAGCUCCAACCAAACCAAUUAUAUGUCAUCUGAUAAAGUUCGUAGUGGUGCUGAAAGAGUGCGAUUUGACACAGUCCGUUUAUGCCGAGAAACUGAUGACAAAACGAAGAGAACACAAACCGAUGUUGGCAAAAGACUCGGAGAAAGGAUCGGUGAUAUCACUUUCUGGAAAACUGAACUCAACCAUGAAAUUGAUAACGUCAUUGCUGAAACUAAUGCCUUGAAUGAAGCUAAGAGAGUUUUAGAGAAGGCCUUGGCUGAAACUGAAAAUCCUCUGCACGUUGCUCAGGAAUGUCUUUACCACCGAGAAAAGAGACAAGAGAUCGAUUUGGUUCAUGACAACCCAGAAAAGGAACUGAUCAAGGAAGUUGAAAUCAUCAAAAGAUGUCAACAUAAAAUGAGAGAUGUUAUAAAUAAAGCCGAGGUACAAAUAGGAUUAAACCGAGCUGCUCAACAUGAAUUAGAGAAAGACUCGAGUGACAAAUUUAGAGCUCAGACCUUAGAUGAAACCUGUCAUGGUAUGAGAAAUGCAUCAAGAGGUUUGGCCUUCCAUAAUGGAGUCCACAGAAUUGACAACACCUUGUCCGUCCCUGAAUCCUGGGCUAAAUUUACCAACGACAACAUCCAACGAUCUCAGAGUGAACGAGCUGCCUCUAAACACAUGCGGAAUGAAAUCGAAAGUACCAUUAACUCAAGUGCCAAUGAUAUGUGGACUGAAUGGAACGCAGUCAAUGUUGCGCUGAAUGGAAGAAUGAAUGAAUCUGUAGAUGUCCGUAAUAAACUCCAAACUCAUCUCUCAAAGGUUCUUCAAGAAAUCUUUGAUAUGGAUAGAAAUAUUGAAUUACUUAAGAAAGCUAUUCAAGAUAAGACCCAACCGAUGCAAGUCGCUCAAAGUCGUCUCGAUACUAGAAUCAGAAGACCAAACGUUGAAUUAUGCCGAGAUCCAGUACAACACAGGUUGGUAUCCGAGGUGUCUGAAAUCAGUGAUACAGUUGAUGCUCUUCAAGCCAAACUUCGUCAUUCUGAGAACACAUUACAAGAACUCCUCAGAACCAAAUCAGCUUUGGAACAUGAUCUGUCCAUCAAGAACAACAGUGUGUUCAUCGAUCGUGAAAAAUGUUUGGGAAUGCGAAAAACCUUCCCAAUGGCUCCCCGAAAUGUUUUAUUCUAA